UCCAUCUACGUUUAAAACUAGCGUAUGGUUUAUUUUGACUCGUUGCUGAAAGCUGUUUCCUUCCUGAGUUUUAUCGCCAACAAGAAGCGCACUGUUACUAGCUAGACUUUGUUUUUGUAGACCUAUAGGGCUGAACUUUGAGAAUGUUGGAAUUACUCACAGAUAAUAGGACUUGAAAUGUGUAAUUAAAUACUUGUUGUCGCUGGGCGGGUCUAAUGCUGUAGCGCGCCAUGCGAGGGGGGUGUGAACUCAAGUGUAGAGAGAGAGAGAGUAAAAAAAAACCUGACUGGGAGUCACCUCAGCGCUUUCAGAGAUACGAGAUCUGGCUCUUUACCAGCGUGUCCCCUCACGUAUUAAAGCCGGAAAUCAGAGGAAAUCAAAAGGGAAAUAAAGACAUCCAAACGGCCGGGCCCGCCAAGCAUGUCUCAGGAGCCCAGUGUGGCCUUUCCCCAGAGCACCUCCACAGGGGGAAUGAAGCUGGAGGCAGUGAUGGAGCAACUCCAGCGUCAACAGCAAGCUCGUCUGGAAAUGGAGCGCAAGGAGAGGAAGAUACGAGAGACCCACAUCAUGUACGCUCAGCAGCUCGCAGCCCAGCAGGCCAUCCUGGCAGCCGCCCGAGCUUCUGGGGCCAGCUUCAUGGGCAAAGGGAUGCCUGGAAGUGUUCCUGCCAGCAGCUUGCCUCCCCGUGUGUCCAAUCAGAGCAGUGUAGACUCAGAAAGAGAUGACGACGAGGACAGAGGUCGGGAUUCUGCGGACGAGGAUGAUGACAAUGAGAUGAUGGAGGGCGAUGAAGGCAGCGAUGAGGACGAGGGAAGUGCCAGUGGUCUGGAGUUCCUUCGUAAGCAGACCCUUGCUUUGCAGCAGAACGCCGCCCGUAUCCCAGCACGUCCGUUUGCAGGUUACUCUGUGUCGGCCCCCCAGAGGGCUGCCUCCCCCCCUGUCAGAGUGAAGCAGGAACCUGAUGAGGGAAUGUCACCUGCAGGGCCCAACUCUGCUGCUUCUCCGAAUGGACAAGGGGACUGGGGGUUUGACGAUCACUUUAGACAGAAUGGAAAUACUGGUUGGGCAGAUGAAGCUGACAGCAGCAGAGGAAGAGGAGAAGCCUCCAGAGAUUUUGCUAAGCUGUAUGAGCUGGACAACGAUCCCAAAAGGAAGGAGUUUUUGGAUGAUCUCUUCACCUUUAUGCAGAAGCGAGGAACCCCAGUGAAUCGAAUCCCCAUCAUGGCUAAGCAGGUUCUGGACCUGUAUAUGCUGUAUAAGCUGGUGACGGAGAAAGGUGGCCUGGUGGAAGUCAUCAAUAAGAAGAUCUGGAGAGAGAUCACAAAGGGACUCAAUCUGCCCACAUCCAUCACCAGUGCUGCUUUCACGCUGCGCACACAAUACAUGAAGUACCUGUAUCCGUAUGAGUGCGAGAGGAAAGGUCUGAGCUCCCCUGGUGAGCUGCAAGCCGCCAUCGACAGUAAUCGACGUGAGGGCCGUCGCCCCAGCUACAGCAGCAGCCUCUUCCGCUUCUCUCCCUCUCCCGGCACAGCUCCCCACAUCCUGUCUCCUCCCAAGAUGCACCUGUCCAACCUGAACGCAGUGACCUCAGUGGGCCUCAAUGGUCUGCAGGCCUCGCCAGGGCCCUCUCUGAAGAAGGAUGACCUGACUCCUUCCAUCAUGACAUCCAGGCCUCCCAUGGCGCUGUCCUUGGGUCAGCAACAGGUUGCAGGUUUGGCCAGGGCCGCCACCCUGGAGCAGCUGAGGGAAAAGCUAGAGACGGGUGGAGGAGAGGGUCCCGAGAGGAAGAUGGCUCGCCUGGCCGAGGAGCAGCAGCGCUUCAUGCAGCAGGCUUUCCAACAGAACCUGCUGGCCAUGGCCUCCCAGAUGCCCAUGAACCUGCGCCUGGGAGCUCCUACCAUCACCACCAGAGAUGAGAAGCAGCAGGACAUGUCUCUGAGCAUCUCCACCAAUGGGAACGCCAGCAUCACUGUCUCAGUGGAGGUGAAUGGGACCACCUACUCAGGAACCCUGUUUGCCCAGAAGGCUGCUGGGAACCUGGGCCCCACCAUGUCAGCUGCUGCUGCCUCAGCCUCCCCUGCUGGGACCAGCUCAAGCUUUGGUUUCUCUGCACCCCAGGCUCAGACCCUGAGCCCCACAUCCUCCUCUGCCUCCUCCUCCAAGGCGUCUGGCUCAGCUGAGCCAGCCCCCAGCGGGUCACCCUAAUUCAUGCUUCGUGCUGGCCCCCCAGGGCUCUGUUCCUCUGAGGGGUCCCAGCAUGAACAUACAGUACAAAGAGAAACCAAUAAGAAACUGUUGCACAACAAAUACCUCAACAACCCUGUCGACCCUUUGGCUGUCCUAAUCGAGAACACACACACGCGCACACACACACACACACACACUUUCUGCUAUGCAUAGAACACACACAGUCUCUCACACAUACACUUGUUAAUCUUAGUGUACAUGCUCAACACAAUCAGCUCAGCCAAAUCCCACUGACAGGUGAAUUCACAACUGAACUUGAAAAGUUUGAUCUUAGGACAUUUUGUUUGUUUGUUGCCAUUUUGUCGUCUUUUUUUGAUUUGUGUUUGAUUUUGUUUUUCCUCUUUUUACAUACCUCAAAUCAAGUAACCUGCAGUGGUGUCUUCACCUCAGGAGCUGUAGAAUAUUUAACCUGAAUCAACUUUAUUUUUGUAUUCAUUUUGAACUAGUUGCAAUCGGGGGAAGUCUGGUUUGUCUCACCAGUAGAACCUGACCUUUAGAGCUCACAGCAAUAGGCCUCCAGGUCGGUUUAACACACUGUAACCUCGCGCUGAACUCAAACUGGUGCAUGAUGAGAUGCUGUGGAUCAGCAGAUUGAAUACCUCAUAAUAACUACCCUCAGUCAAGAUCACAUAGAGUCCGAUACAAACCUGUAAUAGUUACUCGCAGGUCUGCACAAGCUGUCUUCAAGGAGUUAGCGCACAAAGUUGGAGGGAACAGCAGCUCUUCACCACUACCAACAAGCCCAUUAGCACCAGAGCAGGUGACGCUGAGGCCGUCCUAAACCCAGCGACAUCAAACUCAAACCUUUGUUCCCCGUUUCGUCUGCAUCCUCACAGCCUCGGAGCUGAACGUCCAGUGGGAUGGCGUCUUCAUUAGCUCAUAGUCCCCAGACCUCAUGCUAGCCCCGCUGUUCCAGUGUGUGUGUGUGUGUGUGUGUGUGUGUGUGUGUGUGUGCGUGCGUGCGUGCGUGUGCGUGUGAGUGUGUGUGUGUGUGUGUGUGUGUGUGUGUGUGUGUGUGAGUGAGGGAAGGGGGGGCGUCUCUCUCAGGAAGCAAAGUGACAACUGCAAGGAAUCACUGUUGAUUUUAGGAGGAUUCACAUGUGAAGAAUGCACAAGACUACAUGACUGUUUGAAAAAAGAAAUACCUCAUCAGACUCUCCCAGAGGGGGGGAGCCACACUACAUACCUCGGCUGUGAAGCCACUAAGACUUGACGCCACAGAUCCUGCCUGAACUGAAACUGACAUGGAUGUGCUGACACGCUGCGAGGUUGUUUUUGGGGACAAAGCAUUGGGAGGGGUUUGCUUUCUUUCUCCUGUAUUUACUUGUAGAACCUGUUUCAUGCUUGCUUUCCAAAGGGGGAGGGGGGUUGUUGUCUGUGGGGAGUGAUAUAUAAAUAUAUAUAAAUAUGCAUAUUUUUCAGGGAAGGGGAGCAGAGAGGUUGGCUCCUUGCUGUUGUAUAGAUUUACAGGAUGUGUUGAGUUUAGGUGUGAACACAGAAAAGGACGUCUACUCUCACGGCUGACAGAAACGACAUGCAUGUGUACAAUCAUGUGACCAGUGUUUUAACACAUGAAGCCUCUGGUUAUUGCACAGCUCGAUACCAAAGACAAGUCCAGUUGGUCCUCAGCAGACAAUCCUGGCCUCACCUGCUGAUGUUGUGGGACAGGUUGUGUCUUUCCCUCUAGACCUUUGUUAGGGUGGGUCAAGUACUUAUUAGAAUCUGGACCUGACCGCACAUUAGAACAUUUUAAACUGCAAGGGAUCUCAAAUCUGGACACGUGUGUGAGUGUGUUUUCUGAUAAAUCACCUCCUUCACUAAAUGUUGGUAUUUACCCACAGUUCCAGCCCCACGCUCAGCCGGAUUCAGUCUGACCUAAAUCUAAAACACGUUUUGCCCCUUAAAGUUCUUUUUUUAGUGUAAAUUCUGAAAUGGGUUUCUUAGCUUUUACCGGUGUUGAAUGUGAGGUGUUUGAACCAGCGAUGCUUUACUAGAUGCUAUUUUAGCCACUAUCUGUGGAGGUGCAGACUGCAGGUCACAGCUGAUGGUUGAGGAGGCGGAGCAGCUGGUCGGUGACUUGUGAGGACCGUAUGGUCUAAAGGUGAGGAGUGUAGGUGCUGCCUUAAGUUGCUGCUGCUGAGAUCAGGUUUCUCCUUCCAGCUGGCUGAGAAAAAAACUCACAACUAUCUUUUAGGGAGCACUCGACGCUCGUCAUCCUUCACACGGUUUACUUAGCAGCUGAGUUUUUUAUAUUUAUUUGUGUUUUUGUGUCCUGGUAGAGCUUGGGUUUUUUAGAGUGUGACUAAAGUGUUUUCUUAUUUUACGUCCAACUCGUCUGCUUCCUCUGCAGCCUCACUGCAUGUGUGUGUGUGUGUCUGUGUGUGUGUGUGUUUAACAUGGUGAGUUGUGUAUUAGCUGUAAAAAAAGCUGCAGGUGGCGCCAUUGUUUCAUCUAUUUAAAGAGAAAAGGCACUUGGGAGCUGCCCAGUACCAUCGGUUUUGCUCUGCUCCUCCUGCAUGUGUGUGUGAUGUUUGUUUACCCCUACCAUGGGGCAGUGAGGUGCACCGAUCAGUGAGGACCAGCCUCCAGCUCCUCUCAACGUUUGAGUUGAGGCUCUUAGUCACCGGUAACGGCAGGCUGCAGGCGCCUCGUCACUCAGGAAGGACGAAGUCUGAGGAACCCUUUUGUCUCUGAUGAUUUGGGAGUAAAAUUCACUUCUACGUUGUGUUAAGAAUCUAACCUGAUCUGUGUUUAACAGGUUCAUAUGCAAGUGGUUAUGGAAUACCUCAUUUAUCACUUAUGUUGUUGUUUUGGCUUGUACAAUGCUCCGUAUAUUAAUUCAACUGUGGGGUUUGUGCAUAUUUUUGUACUGUUAUUAUUAUGAACAUGAUAAUAAUGAUAUUACUGAUAUUUUAGUUUUCUCUUUGAUUAAAGCAAACAUAAGAAAAUAGGACAAAACAUAUGAAUGCUUGUAAAAACUGGUUUGUGCUGAUUGUAUUUAAGAGGAGCACUUUUCCAAAGUGGUUUUCACACAUUCAGUUUUGUUCAUAUUAGUUAAUAUAAAGAUAUGGUUCUCAGGGCUUUAAACUUGUAUGUCAUGAUAAAGUUUUACUUUAUAUCUUA